AAUUGUAAUCAUGUAUUAGCUAGUUUAUUCUCCUUUCUUGGUAAUUAGAUAACCGCUAGAGCACCCCAUGCAUAAUGACCAACGUGUAUGACGUUGCCAAGUGGCCCAUAUUUGCUCUACUCGCCGACGAUCUCGUGGUGAGUGGCGUCAAGCUCGCCUGCGUCUUUGGGAGCGCAGGUAACGAAGCUAUCUACGUCACCAAGGAUGAUGAAGUCUUUGCCUUUGGGAACAACCACAACGCGUGCCUCGGUCUUGGGGACGUCAUGUCCAGCUUGACGCCGCGGAAGAUCGAGGGCCUGUGCAAGAAGGGGAUGUUUGCGCUGGCGUUUGGGAGUGGACCUCACGUUGUUGCUGCGACUGAAAAUGGGGAGAUUUACAGCUGGGGACACAAUGGCUACUGUCAGCUGGGCAAUGGCACCACUAAUCAGGGGCUGCUUCCCCACCGUAUAACAGGCAACCUUGGCUCGUGUAAGAUCUCUCAAAUAGCCUGCGGAAGUCACCACAGUCUUGUCCUCACCGAUAGAGGAGAGGUUUUUGCCUGGGGUUACAACAACUGCGGCCAGGUUGGGUCAGGGGCCACAGCUAACAUCAGUACGCCCAGAAAAGUUGUAUCGGUAUUGGGUGGAAAGCGUGUUGUCUCUAUUGCUUGUGGACAGACAUCUUCCUUGGCUGUUGUAGACAGUGGAGAGGUUUAUGGCUGGGGCUACAAUGGAAAUGGACAGCUGGGUCUGGGGAACAAUGUGAAUCAACCCAGUCCAUGUAAAGUGUCGAGUCUGAAUGGCCUUAUCAUCUCACAGGCUGCAUGUGGCUAUGCCCAUUCCAUGGCUUUAUCUGAUGAAGGGAACAUCUACACCUGGGGGGCUAACUCGUAUGGCCAGCUCGGAACGGGAAACAAAGCAAACCUCUGUGGCGCUGCCAAGAUAGGAGAGAGUAUAGGAAGGUUUAUCGAUAUUGCAGCCACCCACUACGCCCACAUCUCGGCCGCCAUGACCCAGACCGGGAAGGUCUACAUGUGGGGUCAGUGUCGGGGUCAAUCCAUCACCUCUCCCAUGGAGACGCGCUUCACUUGCCUGGACGAUGUCUUCGCUUGCUUCUCCACUCCCGCAGUCACCUACAGACCCCUCACAUUUGAAAACUUCAUCGGGAGGCGGUCUCUCGAGGAGACGUUAUCUCUAGCCUUUGAUAACCAGGAAACGUCAGAUUUGAAAUUCUUGGUCGAAGGAAAGAACAUCCACGUACACAAAGCCCUUCUCAAAAUCAGAUGUCUUCACUUCAGGAGCAUGUUCCAGUCACAUUGGGAUGAAGAUGGAAAAGAUUUAAUAGAGAUAACUCAGUUUACUUAUCCUGUCUACCACGCCUUUCUGGAGUACCUCUACACCGACUCCGUCUCAUUACCGCCCCAAGAUGCCAUCGGCCUGCUGGAUCUUGCCAACUCGUACUGUGAAACACACUUAAAGAAGCAAUGUGAACGUAUCAUCAAGCAAGGGAUCAACGUGGACAAUGUUGCCAUACUGCUGGAAGCAGCCAUCAGAUAUGUAGCCCAGGAUCUCCAGGCCUUCUGUUUCAAGUUUGCUGUGAACCACUUGACCGCCGUGGUCAAGACCGAUGCCUUCAAGAAGCUGGAUGAAGUCUACAUGAAGGACUUCAUUCAAAAGGCUGGGGAAUGGGGUGCUUUUAAGUAUUGACCAUCAACAGAUCAUGAUCCAUAAACCCUUUACGGUACUCACAUUAGACUUGGCUAGAAAUGGAUAGAAAUCACUUCAAAGUUAGAUAUGAAAAUCUGAAAAUAUUUUUUUUUAAAGCACAUUCCAUAUACUGUAUGACUUCAUGCAGAAGGCUAUAUAGUGGGUUUCUUAAAGUUCUGACAAUCAACGUAUCAAGAUCCAUAAACCCUCUACUGAACUUAAACUCGACUACACCUACAUCUUGGUUUUGGAAGAAAUUGCUUCAAGAUUAGAUAUGAAAAUCAGAAAAUGAACAAACUUCUAACUUUCAUACCAUGUACGAUUUCAUGGAAUGAGAAUGAGAUGCUUUCAAGUAUUGACCAUCAACGGGUUAUGAUUCAUAAACCUAACACCUUUUUUUACAACUUGGUUAGGAUUAGGGAUGCAAUUGGGUUUAAGAAUAGAUCUGGAGUUAGGGUUAUUUAUGGGGUUUGGUCCAGAUUCGUAGUUAAAAAAUUGGUUAGUGUACAUAAAUGACCGUGAAGCAAUCGUCGUGGGGGCAGGUUAAGUACAAUCCAGAUAAAGUCACUGAUCGCCUGGCUUAGCUCAUCAUGAUAUACACUGAAAUCAUAGAGAAGAGACCCUGCUGCAUUGUGGAAACGAAUCAUGUACACAAUAAAUAGUGCAAUACAUUACGUAGAGGUGUUGUGGUCAAGUGGAUACGUCGCCGGACUGUCGAUCGCAAGGUCCGCGGUUCGAGUCCCGCCGCCGCACUAAUGUCCUUUGG